GUUUGAGAAACUAACGAGAGCACCCCAAGACUAUUAACGAGAUCCCGGUACAAAAUUAAAACAGUACAAAGAGAAAAGAAGAGUCCAAGCCAGAGACUAAAGCGCUUUUUUUAUUCUCUCUCAAUUCUGUUCUCCAAUCACCGAUUGGGCUUCGAAUUUGCGGGUUUGUUCUUCUCGCGAUUUUGAGAACCAUUGUCAUGUCUCCCAAUUACAAUUGUGUGGUAUGAGUAGUGAUAUCGGCAUUGCAGUAUUCGCCUAAGGCUAUUAGGGAGCUAGCGCACAACCAACCUACGUGGACGCCAAGACUACAGAGCAUAAGGGAUUGAAAUAACAGUUAGUAGCUUCGAUGCUUGCAAAGGGAAGGAAGGUUUCUGGCAGGGGAGAAGCAGUGCCAGUGAACUAUGCUUUUGGCCCACAUGAGGAUGAUGUAAUCAUAAAGCACAGACUUCUAACUCGCACAACCACCACAAGGGGUGAACCCCCAUUGAAGAAACUUCAGAAGAAGUUCACCUCAUUUGUUCUUGAGAUUGAGAAGGAUGAGGAUAAUUUUAAUGAUUGUGCAAAACUUUCCAGAGCUUUCUUACAGGAGUUGUCUACUUUUGAGAUUCCACUCCUCAAAAGCAAAGCUGUUAUUGAUGCAAACAUAAGAGAAAAAGAGAACUUUAAUGAAUUGAAAGAAGAGAUAAAUAGGCAGAUAUCACAGGCGCAGGCUGACAUAGAAGAUCUGAAGAAACAACUUGAAGAGAGCAAGAUUGAAAGACAGCACAAGGAGGAGUGUGAGGCAAUUAGGAAAUUGAUUGCUUUGCAGCCACCAAGAUCGGAGACACAGAAGAUAAUUACAGAUCUGGAGAAAGAGAUUGCAGCAUUAGAGGCAGAGAAUACAGCAGGUUCUAGGUUGUUGGAGCUUCGCAAGAAACAGUUUGCUCUUUUAUUGCAUGUGGUGGAUGAGUUGCAGAGCACUAUAGAGGAAGAGCAGAAGAAUUUGAUAGAGGAGAUGAGAAUGGCUGAAGAGCAGAAGAGUGGGUUAGAGGACACUAGUGGGGGUUCAGAAGCCAUGGCUGUCGACUAGUGCAAUGUGGGAUCUCAGUUUGUUAGUCGUAAGGUUGCCAAUUUGAUCAAACUUUUUUAGUUGUUCUCAACCGUAGUUUUGUUCUGGUCUGGGGAUUUUGUCUAAUGUUGUUGUGACAUAUUAUAAAUAUUUUGGAAUAUGACAGUCUAACAUCUGUUGUUCCAUAGUA